AGACUGAGCUGGGCCAGGUUUGGCAAACCAUUUCAUACUGGAAUAUCUCUCUUUCUAUUUGGGAACAUUCCAUCCAGAGAUUCUUUUUGUCAGCUUUUGGAGAUACAUACACGUGAAUCUUAAGUCCACCUUGAGGGAACUUGGGCUAUUGACAGAUUUUUUCCAAAUAUCUUGAACCCUGAACAUCAUAAAAUUUCUUGGACAAACUGUCCCCAACACUUACCGGUAUUAGAUUGUUCUCCACCAACGUUCUUGGACAAGUUCUUCUAUGAUCAAACUUGCAUGGACCUUUAGAAGCAUCACACCCACCUUGAAACUACCUUAGGUAGUUCUGUAGAGUACAACACUCGUCUAAAAAGCAUCUUUGUGGUGCAAGAAGAGGACAUCUUGGAAAAAUGGCCCAGGACAUGACUGAAAAGGAUGUGCUGAAGAUGGAAGUGGAACAGUUAAAGAAAGAGAUCAAGACAGAGCGAAUUCUGGUUUCUAAAUCUGCACAGGAGAUGAAGACCUAUGUUGAAUCCUUAGCAACGGAAGACCCUUUGUUAAAAGGAGUACCAGAGGACAAAAACCCGUUUAAGGAGAAGGGAGGUUGUUCGGUUUCCUGACAUUGCACGAAAUAAGGCUUUUAAACGAACUUUAACCUCACUCCUAUUUCUACUCAGUAUUUGUGCUCUUUAAUGUACGUACAAUUAAAUACUGUUAGAAUGACGUGUACUUUAAAUUGUGUGUGUGUGCCCUAUAUUUCUCCCCCAUUUCUCCCAUUUUUUGCUUAUUUACAAAUGCCGUAUUAGACUAAGGUAUUAAAAAGGAAUAUUGAUGCUGAAAA